AUGAUUUGCUUGGGGUUCCUAUCUCUACUUGCUUAUGGAUUUACAAUACUGCAGGGGGUGAAUUGUUGGACAUACCAUUAUUCAGACACAAACAUGACCUACAGGGAAGCAGAGCUGUGGUGCAAAAAGAGGUAUACUAACAUGGUUGCCAUUCAGAAUAAGGAGGAAAUCAACUAUCUCAAUAACUUCUUACCCUUCAAUCCGGGUUACUACUGGAUUGGAAUCAGAAAAAUUAAUGAGGUUUGGACCUGGAUUGGAACUAACAAAGAACUGACAGACGAGGCAAAAAACUGGGCGUCAGGUGAGCCAAAUGGCAAAGGGAACAACGAGGACUGCGUUGAAAUCUACAUCAAAAGAGGGAAGGAUGAUGGCAAAUGGAAUGAUGAGCAGUGUGAGAAAAAGAAGGUCGCCUUGUGCUACACAGCUUCUUGCAACCCAUCUCUCUGCAGUGGCCGUGGAGAAUGCGUAGAGACUAUUAACAAUCACUCCUGCCGUUGUGACCCUGGAUUCUAUGGGCCUGAAUGCGAGUUUGUUGAGAGUUGUGAUCCACUGAAGAAACCUGAUCAUGGGAGCCUUGAGUGCAACCAUCCAUUGGAGAACUUCAGCUACAACUCAUCCUGCACAGUUCAGUGUGAGGAAGGCUAUGAACUGACUGCACUGGAAUCUGUAUACUGUACUUCUUCUGGGGUCUGGUCUGCCCCCCUUCCAGCAUGCAAAGCUGUGACCUGUCCUGCUUUAGAAAUGCCUGCUCAUGGUACUGUGAACUGCUCCCAUCUCUCUGCGGAGCUCACCUGGGGUACCACCUGUGAAUUCACCUGUGAGGAAGGAUUUGCCCUGACAGGACCAGCCACACUGCAGUGUGGGUCUUCUGGGGCUUGGGACAGGCAGCAGCCAUCCUGUGCAGCUGUGAGGUGUGAGGCUGUAACCUGGCCAGAAGAAGGCUUUGUGACCUGUGACCAUGCUCUGGCAGAUCUCGCCUAUCGCUCGCGAUGUGAUUUCCGCUGCAGUGAGGGCUAUGUUCUGGAUGGUCCAUCCAGCAUUGAGUGCACAGCACAGGGACAGUGGUCAGAGCCAGUGCCAAAAUGCAAAGCUGUGAGGUGUGAGGCUGUAACCUGGCCAGAAGAAGGCUUUGUGACCUGUGACCAUGCUCUGGCAGAUCUCACCUAUCGCUCGCGAUGUGAUUUCCGCUGCAGUGAGGGCUAUGUUCUGGAUGGUCCAUCCAGCAUUGAGUGCACAGCACAGGGACAGUGGUCAGAGCCAGUGCCAAAAUGCAAAGCUUCUGAACAAGUCAGCUAUGUCUCUGUGGGCAUAGCAGCCACAAGUGCCUCUCUGUUGUCCACGGCAUCAUUCCUCCUUUGGCUUGCAAGACGAUUCCGAAGAAAAGCAAAGAAAUUUACUCCUUCCAGUAGCUGCCAGAGCCUAACCAUCGAAGGUAGCUUCCAAAGCGCUGGCCAGAAUGUCUAA